GCCUAGAGAGCUACCAUGGCCAUGGACUUCAGGCAGUGGCUGAAGUGUAACUAAUCUCUGUAUCUCUAGAGAAAAGAAACUUGAAGAUUUAUUGUCCUGUGCAUAAAAAUGUGGCAAAUUGGUGGACGCCAGGAGAAGUCAGUGUGGACGUCUCUGUGGCCAGGAGGCCUCACAUUUAUAUAAGAAUAGUAGGAGGUGAUAUAUAACGCCUACAAUAAUUCUCCAAGUAAUAAUGCGUAUGAUGCCACAACGUAAGAAACUUAAUGAGUAAGGUAUCUUUGAUGGGAGAUGUCUGUUCUACUAUCUUUUCCCAGUUCCUGAAACUAUGGGAGCCCUACUAAUUCCAUUGCCAUAGACUUGUUCAGGCACUGAGAUGCCAAUUCAAAGCUGCAAUCACAAGUACUGGAACAGAAAGAAAACUGAUGAAAGUCUAGCUGUGAACUGCUGCAAAUCUCCUUUACAAAGGAAGGAUUAAUAAAUAAAAGGGAAUUAAGAGAAAGGGGCAUUGGAAUCAAGGACAAAGAUGCUUCAAAGUGUUUUCCCAAAACUAAAUGAAGACAGUAUUUCAAUUUUAUAUGCACAAGAUGGUGGGAAGCCCAGAUGACACAUGUUUAAAGCUUAGUCAUGGAGAACACCACAUCUACAGUAGAACUAGAAGUGGAAGAAUGAGAUCAAACUGAUGAGGACGAGGAAUAUGGAAGGAAGGGACCAGAUUACUGGAAGAACUGCCAAGUGCAGGUUGGACAGCAAGGACCAGACUUCUCAGACUGGAAAUGCGGAUGUUCCCUGUUUUGAAGAUCAGUGUGUCAGGCUUGGACCCAAACGCCAUGUAUUCUUUCCUGUUAGACUUUGCCCCGACCGAUGGCCACCGCUGGAAGUACGUCAAUGGAGAAUGGGUGCCAGCUGGGAAACCAGAGCCACCAAACCACAGCUGUGUCUACAUCCACCCAGAUUCUCCCAACUUUGGGGCCCACUGGAUGAAAGCUGCCAUCUCCUUCAGCAAAGUCAAACUUACCAACAAGCUCAAUGGGAGUGGGCAGAUAAUGUUGAAUUCCCUGCAUAAAUACGAGCCCCAAGUACACAUAGUUCGUGUAGGAGGCCCCCACCGGAUGGUGAUGAACUGUUCCUUCCCUGAGACUCAGUUCAUAGCUGUGACUGCCUAUCAAAAUGAGGAGAUAACAGCUCUCAAAAUCAAGUAUAAUCCCUUUGCCAAAGCCUUCCUGGAUGCAAAAGAAAGAAACCAUCCCAAGGAUGCACCAGAAACAGUCUCUGAAGGUCAACAUAUGACAUACUCUCACUUGGGUGGCUGGUUGAUUUCCAACCCAGACACAAUGUGUGCAUCAGGAAGCUCUAAUUACCAGUGCACAGCACCUUUACCUUUGCCAGCUCCGCACGCUCCCCACGGUUGCGAGCGGUAUCCAGCACUGCGAGGGCAUCGGGCCGCUCCAUACCCACCUUCCUACAUGCAAAGAAAUCAUUCACCUACAGUGAAUUUUUUGGAGAGCUCCAGCAAUAAUCUUCAGGUAUUCUCAGGACAUGACAGCUGGACUUUGCCAUCCUCUCCACAUGCCAAUUUGCUCUCAGUGCCACACACCAAGGGAGCUGCCAGCCCGGGGCCCAGCCAUUACUCUUGUCUGUGGUCAAUGAGCAACAGCGCUGUAAGUGUCACCAACCCAGGAAGCGAGGUGAACAGCAACACUUCAAGCAUGUUUCUAAGGGGUAAUGUCCCCUUACCUACUGCAUCUUCAUCCAUCCAAAUCCCUCUGCAGGCAACUGCGUCUGGCAGCAUGGAAACACAAGGAGAAGCCCCUCUAGCCAGACUAGCCGAUUCUGCGUGGACGUCCGCACACUCCUUUUAAUGGACAGGCAUCUCAAAAGCAAAGCUCUGCCGAACAAGAGACACAAAUGGCAAAGGAUCCGCAGGAACUGAACUCAGAACAGGAAUCUGUAUGCAGAAUCCUCCCCAUCAAGCAUCACUUUCCAUAAUGUACCUCUUAUGUCCCAGAGAAACCAAAAUGCAUAAUGCAAAGGCAGGAAAUGGUAGGGGAACCAUCUUACUACUGCAACCUUCCUGCAUUAUUGAGGAUGAUAUCCAGAAAGAAUCUUUAUAGUUGGCUUUGCUUCUUCCUUACAUCAAAAUGAUCAGAGACAUGGGACUGAGUGAAGCAGAUGUGGCAGCUGGAUAUUUGCACGUCAUUUUAGAAAUGUCCUUUCUGAGUUUGAAAGCGAAGUCCAUGGAAAUUGUGGACAAGUUUGCAACCAUUGAUUUGAAGUGACAGCGCUGCUUUAAAGACUUUCUGAAUUUGUCACGUGAAGGUUUCCUGUAAAUAAGCUCUUUACGGGGUUGAGAUUAGUCUGACACCCUAAUGCCACUUGCAUAUGAUAUUCUCUGUCCUUUUACUUUCUCCAGCUCUUAUGUGCUCUUUCUGUGUUAUAGGGAUGAAGGACAAUGCUUGAGCUGAGAAAGCAGCUGCAUUGUAGCAGCAGGUGAAGGGCAUCUGGUUUAGCAUUUAUAGUCUGAUGUUAAAUGAAAAGUUCUGAUGUUUUCUGCAUGUGUUAUUUUUGAGAAGAUGGAGGGAAAAGAAUUCUAGAAAAGAGAUUCAGCUUACAUUUCCACUUUGCUUCAGGUAUAGAGUACUAAUAAAAUAUGAAUCAAUGAUGUAU